AGGAGAGAUCCUCAGAGACAGAGUAGCGGCGGAGGCAGAAGCCGGAAAAGAAUGGAAGAGCUAAGGAGGCUGGAAGAAGUACAGAGAAUGCUCAACUUCGCCAAAUCUCGUCGCUUGGCUUCCGCUUCUGAUGAAGAUUCCAACCUUUUCAUUUCCAAUUUCAUCCUCUUUCUGAUGCAACCGUAUGGCGAUCUCGACAUGAACACGAAGUUCAGCUUGGUUCGCGAACAACUACAGCUAUUUUCGGACCCUGCUUUCCAGGAAUCGUCACUCUCAGGGAAGUCACAUUCUCCAUUAGAGAUGGAGAGCAGUCCUGCCAAAGGCUGUCAAGAAAGUAGAAUCGCCAAAGUUGGUUUGCUUUCUAGUGAUGGAGAAAGUAGUGAACCACUAAAGAGUUUCCACCAAAUGGGUGUGGUUCAGCUUGAUGCUAUGCAGAGAGCUAACUCUACUCUUGAGGAUUUUUGUAGGUCUUACUUUAUGUUUCAUGGAAUGGAUGUCAACAAGCCAGAGUUACUAUUCAAAUAUUUACCCUUUCUGUCUUUCACUGAAAGUUACAUCUAUCAGAUGGAUAGCUUGAACGAAAAGAUAGUUAAUUUGGCAAGCAGCAAAGUUGCAUGUCUAGGAAGAGGAUUUGAGGAUGGUACCCAAGGCUUCGAGAUGAAGUUUAUGGGUAUUCUUAAAACUGAACCGUUCCAGCCACUUGUGCUUCAAUUAGAACAUCAUGGCCUUCUUACAGAGAGGAUCCGAGAAGAAUUGAGGUGUGGAGAAGAGUAUUGGUCACUUGAAAGAGACCUUUGUUCGGCACUAGCAAAUCAGAACGAGAUCUGUGUUGAAGAUGUAAUGAGGGCAAUUCAUCUGAAAUCAUUUGACUAUCGCAUACUAAAUCUUCUCCUUUAUCAGCUGCAAGGAGAACAGGUGAAUGACUUGCAUAUGGAUUUCCUAUCAAUAUCAGAGUUUUUGGUUGAAAUAGCAGAUGAUCUGUAAGUGAUUUCGUUUUGGCAGGGGCAUGCCUCUCAAUCAAACUAUUACCGCCCUUGUUAAAUAGUGAAGUAGUAGAAUAUCAGGUUACAGUUCGCGCAUAGCACCGUGUUUCCACAUACUGGUUAAUCUGCAGGAAGAACUAAUACUUUUUUUCGUUCAUCAAUACUACAAUCUGCUUGCCAAGUGAACUCGGUUCCACUAAUCGCCAACUCAAAAUGCAACAUCCAUAGGUUUGAUUACGAGGAUGAUGUACAAGAGAAUAGCUUCAAUAUCUUGCGGAUGUUUGUCAGAAUAUAUGGACCUUCAAGAGCCCCAGCAAUGCUGGCAAAGUGCAUCGGUGAUGCCGAAGAGAAGUAUGAACGUUUGCUGAAGACUCUGGAGCCUCACUUAUCAAAAAGUUACCAGAGAAGAUGCGAAGAGGCAACAAGAGAAGGCGGGAAGCUAAUCGGAAACCCUCUGGGAUCAUGGACCAUACCGCGUGUAAUUGCAGACGAAGAAUCAUUUAGAGCCAUGUGUUCAAACCCUUAAUGCCGAACUUCAACUCAAUUGCUGAUAACUCAGAUUAUUUAUAGGACAUCAGCAACAUACUUAUUUCGUAGCAAGGAACUUAAAAGAGGGUGCAGCCCAUUGGUGCAGGAUUUCAUGUCUCAGUGUUAUCACUUACCACCACGAAAAAACCUCUGCAAUCAGUCGAUCAAAGUCUGUAGAAAAGCUCAGAGAGCUAGGGUUUGAUAAGAAGAAGAAGUGUAAUGGCGGUAUAGAAUUGGAACCCGCAAGGAGCUCAGCUCCAUCUCAUCUUUGUAUUUAUACUGAGUUCAAAAGAGUAAAGUUGCAGUACAGUAAAAACUGAAAUGACUGUUAAAAAACAGAAAUAUAAAUGCGGUAAAUAAAAUGCGCCAUGUGUCUUCGAUUGAUUGGCCUCUCUCUUUUCCACCUAACGGUAAGUAAGCCUCCACAACGUCGCUUCGGUCUUCGCCUACGCUAGAUGGAAGGGGAGGCCGAAACGAAACGUUCCUGCCUCUUGAUCUCUGUAA